UUUAAUUAAGAAUGCAAAUUUUACUUUUUUUUACUGUUUUCACGUUUUGCAGUCAGACUAAUUUUUAUAAAGCAGUUUAUUGUCCCCUUUGAAGGAAGUACAGCUAAAAUUCAGCAGUAUCCUACCAUGCAGAUAACUGACUCAUUGGCUGUUUUCUGGUACGUAGGCUUCCUGGUGUCUCACGCCCCAUCUCUGUACUUCCUUCCCAUGUAUGUUCUGUUUGUAACGUGCUUUACAUGUCUGUUUCUCCAUCUGAAACUUUGAUUUUGUAACUAUUAGCUUCCCGCCGCUGCUGCUGUAACAUAACAUUUUCACAGGCUCAGUGUCAGGCAUUAGAAUGUGAACAUCUUUUAGAGGGGCUUUAUUUGCCUGCCAUAGUAACAUUUGUAAACUAGAAGAAAAUGGUAAGCACAACAUUGUUAUGUAUUAAUUAGAGUAGCCAGGCAUGGGGCUGUGACUAAUCAGAGAAAUUCGUCAGCCAUUUAAUAAAAGGAAACAGGUUUCCACCUGAAAUUGAGAAUAAAAGUUUAAGUCCAUCUACUUCUGUGUGUUAAUGUGUCAAAGCAAUGCUUAAAUGCUUGGAAAUCACUAAGACAACAUUAAAGGCUGACUCUAAAGUGUUUAUAUUUAGAUUAAAAUCUAUUUAAACUUGAUACUAAACUGGUCUUUAGAAAGUAUAGGUAACCAGUGUACUCUUGGAAAAAUUUUGGAUGUUUGCUUACUUUGGAUUUUAUGGGCUUUUCUUAGUGUAAUGGAGUUUUUGUGAAAUUUUCAGCUAGUUGAGAAAUUCUAUUAAGGUUUAUUGGACUAAAAAUUAGUUACAUGACAGUUGAUCGUUGACAGAAACGUUUGAUACUUUAACAUCUAAAGGCAUCUUUUGAAGUGUAUGUCUGAAACCCACUAGUUCUAGGUCUCUAAUCAGUUGAUGACUUCAGGCAAGUACGUUUUGGAGGUCUCAGGUCUCUCUAUUUUGGAAUAUGUGUUACCUGUGAUACACAUAAGUUACCCAUGAUACUCAUAAGUUACCCACCUCUCUUACUCUAGAUAGAAGCAUGUGAGACUGGAAAUAUUGUCCUAGUUUUACAGCUGAGCAGGUAGUGAAGACAGGUUUGAAUCCAAGUGUAGGUGACUGCAGAACACUUCUUUCUACCUUUACUGUCCUGACUCAUUUGUUGAGAGGUUUGUCCAUAGGUUAAUGGUUUUCAGACCGUGCUGCAAGUCUUUGUACAGGUCCUUUGCAAGUUUGGGGAAAGACAUGAGGUUUUUUUCUUUGCUUCAGGAAUCAGUAAUCUUGACUUGUUUAUACAUUUGGGUGCUGUCUUAAUUCUGUUUGGAAAGACUUUCUCUGCCUAAAAUAUUUGAAGUUACCUGCCCUAGAAACCUGAGACCUGUCUAGAAUGAAUAUGUAUUAGAAAAUAAAAAUGUAGGUAAUAGUGAUUGAUAUUUAUCAGUAGACUUUUCAAUUAUAUUUCUAAUCCUAAUGAUGUUUUAUGUAGCCUAAUAGUAAAAUAAGGUGAAGUGGCUGAACACACUAUUAAUAGGGUGGGAAGUGAUUAGAUUUAAAAUUUGAUGCUGGAAGUGGAUAAUCUACAGCCUGCUGCCCGGGGUUCAUCCCCACUCCCAGCUCUUGCUGCUUUUAAAGGCGUGCCGAAGGAUGAUGUAAUGACAGGUUACACCUCUGAAUGCACUAGCUGACGCAAUGCAAGUCGGAGGCCCGGGACUUUAUGGGGCAAGGGUAAUGCUUAUUUAAAAACAAAACAAGCUACUAAGUUUAAUGAGGCCUUUUAGGAUGGCUUUCCCAGAGUGGGAAGAGAAUAUCAUCUCAGCUUGGAGGUUGAAGUUGGAGUUUAAUAUGAUUAUGUGUGUUUACUGCUCUCACUGCAGUCUUUUUGAAGGGAGAGGGGGAGUUUAAAAUACGGUCCUGUUGGGUAGAAAUGGAGAAGUGAGUUAGAACUGAGGAAAUACGGUCGUUGACCCCGGUAAAUAGUUAUUGGAAGAACUAGGGAGGAGAAUGCUUUUACUCUAGAAAAGCUUGGAGUUCAAAGGGUUAACCGGGAGAGGACUGUAUAGUGCAGAUAAGGGCUCUAGGCUGGCCACAUAUUUCCCAUGUACUCUGUGUAGCUCUUGGUUUGAAACCACACGAAAUUGCCGAUACCCGAGUGUUUUGGCCUCUACAAAAACGGCAUGGCUUUGACCUAAUUGUAAGCUGGUGGAAGGGCUGGAGGUUAAGGGGCUUUGCCCCACCUGGUCGAAGUUGUGCGACCGACGACCUACGCAGUGUUCUGGAGCCGCCCUGGGUGGGGCGGGGCUGGGGCGGGGCUUGCGGGCGCCCCCUUCCCCACCCCUCCUCCUCCCACCGCUGGGGCGCUGGGAUCCUGCGGCCCGACUUGCACUCCGGGUGGAGCUGGCUUUCCCAGCUGCGGCCCGGCCCCAGCCCUUGGCUCCAAAUGGCUUUCGCGCAGUAACUCCAGAGCCAGCCCGAGAGCGCGCCUCCGUCUCCAGGGUGCCACCACCGCGCAUCUACGGCCCGUGCGUCCUUCUCCCGACAGCCGGCCAGAGCCUAGCUCAUGAAUCCGGGGAAGACCAACUGCGGAGACCGAGAGAGGCUUAGGGCCCAGCGUAGGCCAGCUCAGCGAUGGCGCCCGUUUUUGGAGACGCUGGCGAAUCUGAGCUUGGGGAGGUGUGGUCCACUCGUCUUGGGACUGGAGAGGCUUCAUUUCUCUGCCUCCGUAGCCCGUGCUUCUGAGAAGUGAAUGGAGGGUAUGGAGCCGGGCGAUUCCCUUCGCUUCUCAGCAACUUGACCCCGCGUGCAGGAACAGAAACUGUUGGGAGGCCUCUGCUGCAGACUUGCUUCUGGGGGGAGGGCCGCGGCUGCCGGGCUUCUCAUGACCGGGAAGCCGGCCUUACCUUGUCUGUACUCCUGGAAGGGCGUCUUACUCACGUGUUUACCUGCCGCUCGGACAAGGAAGAGAAAAGAAAUGAGCCGUCAGACUGCGACAGCAUUACCUACUGGGACGUCCAAGUGCACACCGUCCCAGAGGGUGCCUGCCCUGACUGGCACAACCGCGUCCAACAAUGACUUGGCCAGUCUUUUUGAGUGUCCGGUCUGCUUUGACUAUGUGUUACCACCCAUCCUUCAGUGUCAGAGUGGCCAUCUUGUUUGUAGCAACUGUCGCCCAAAGCUCUCAUGUUGUCCACCCUGCCGCGGCCCGCUGGGAUCCAUUCGCAACUUGGCGAUGGAGAAAGUGGCUAAUUCAGUACUUUUCCCUUGUAAAUAUGCUUCUUCGGGAUGUGAGAUAACUCUGCCACACACAGAAAAAGCAGACCAUGAAGAGCUCUGUGAGUUUAGGCCUUACUCC